AUGGCUCAAGCAGCGUUCAUUGGUAGUGAACCAGUGGUAGAGGCAGCAGGUGAAAUGACAGAAAGAAAUGAAGGCAUAAUCAGACAGGCGUCUGUCCCUCUGGAGCAUCUUGUCCAAGAUGGCGUCCCAACAAAGGAGAAAUUUUCUUUGCGUAAAUAUCAGCGUGAGUUGGCUGACGAGGCCAGAAAAGGUACAAAUACCAUCAUCUGUGCCCCCACUGGAAGUGGCAAGACCCUGACUGCAGCGUAUAUCUCUCGCAUCAGAAGAAGCCAGGUGCUGAAAAAUGGCCAGAAAUUCAAAGCAGUUUUCAUCGUUUGUAUUCGAAAUCUAAUCCAGCAGCAAAAAGAUGCCUUUCAAACCAUUUUCCCGCCCCAGGAUAAAAUAGUUGGUGCCAUAAGUCAGACUUCGGACAAUUUGAAGACAUGUUUGUUGAACAAUGACAUUGUGAUGCUUACAGCACAGAUUCUCGUCAAUGAUAUCAAAGAAGGAGAUGUGAAAAUCACCGAUUUCGACCUAAUGAUAAUGGACGAGUGUCAUCACACAGAUUUGGAUCACCCAUACAACAUGAUAAUGAGGCUGUACAUGACGGAGAAAAAGAAUCGAGAGCAAAGAGGGGCGUCUACAGAGUGCCUUCCUCAGAUUAUUGGGCUUUCAGCCUCGCUGGGCACUGGAAAGGGGAACGAUCCUCUGCAGCAUUAUUAUCGGGUCUGCGCCAAUUUAGACUGCUUCACCAUCAGUCAUGUGAGGAACCCAGUGAAUGAAAGAGAGCUGCUUUGCAUUAACCCCAAACCCAAAACAGAUCAGAUCAAACUGGUACAGCCUCGUUCGUCUGAUGAUCCCUUCAUCUUAAUGGUAAAACAAAUGAUGGAAGCAAGUGAAAAGGAAGUCAGCUUUCCCAUGGAAUUGUCCAAGAAGUUUGAUAAGGGCAGUCAGGGGUACGAAAAUUGGGUCAUUGAAAAUAGAAAUGAAGCCGAGCGCCAAGCGCUUCGUAUACCUGAAAUGCGUAAUACAAUGAUAACUUGUCGAUUUCUGAGAGAUCUGAAUUCUGCACUUAUGCUGUACGAUGACCUGAGAGGAAAAGACGCCCUGGAAUUCCUAACAAAAAAGAUAAUGUAUGAUGACCGCAGUAUUCACAGUGAG